AUGGAAAGAUUGGUUGUACCAAAAAGAAAUUAUUCCUUGAUUAUUCCAAGUCAUUGGAUUGAUUAUAUUCCACCUGAAAUUGCACGACAACUUUUUAUCAAAAAUGAUAAUUUCUGUAAUGAUUUGGAAUUUUCGUGUGAUUCUGAUGUCUAUUCUUUCGGGUUAGUUUUUGAUUAAUCUAGUUUUUGAAAUGAAAAGAAAUUAAUUUACAGAACUGUAUUCUACGAACUAUUAACACGUAAAAUGCCAACUCAAAAUGAACCAUGGGAGAAGAAAUUAUAUGAUAAAUUGUGUGGAACAAAAGCAGCAUUAAAUCGAAAAGAUAGUUCAUCUUCUGCAUCUUUUCUAUGUUCUUCUCAUUUGUCACUUCGUGUUGAUGUUCGAGUUUCGCAGGUAACAUACAUUUAUUUGACCUUGAACAAAGUGCAAAAAACUAUUUAGUAACAGACUUCAAGAACUUUCUAGAUUUGGUUUUUCAAAAUUAAAGUGUAAAACUAAAAUCAAAGAGAGUUCUCGAAUAAGUUUAGACUGAAAAGGUGUUUUUAUCCGAAAGUCGAUGAAUGAAGUUCCAAAUUUCUACAAAUCGCAUGGUCCAAAAAUUUUGAAACUAUGUUUCUCGAGUUACAUACAUCUUUGUGUAAACUCUCUUUUCAGUUAUAUAAUUUCCCCCUAUUCCUCAUUUAAUAAACGCUGAUAUUUUCAGCUUCUGAUGAGUUGUUGGAAUUAUGAAGCAUCAAAUCGGCCGUCAUUCCAAAAUAUUGUUAAAUCGAUCACUUCAUUGAUGAAAAGAAGAGACAGCAGUAAUCGAAAUUCGAUUCGAUGUUUCGAAUCAGCAUUUUAA